AUGAACAAUUCUGGGUUCACAUAUGACAAUGGUAAGCAAGAAGACGGACCGAUUCCUGGACAUGCAGAAUUUCAUCCUUUACAAGAUGUUUCCAAGGAGAAUAGGAUUCUUCACAGUGAAGACCAAGAGUUGUUGCAGCACGUCCUUCCAAGUGGAGAAGAUGACGAGGACGACAGCGAGAGCGACAGUGACGAUGAUGACAUUCGAGUCACAAUUGGCAACAUCAAAACCGGAGCUCCGUCUUACAUGGGAACCCCAAUGAAUCUGAAUCUAAAAACUGGCCGAGGCUACGGAGCUCCUGCAUCAGCCAAGUCGCAGCCCAAAGGUAUUGAUUUAGAGGCUGCGGGGAAUAUAAACGGCCUGCCUGUAAUAGAAGUGGAUUUAGAAUCGUUUGAAGACAAACCGUGGAGGAAACCAGGAGCUGACCUUUCCGAUUAUUUCAACUAUGGAUUCAAUGAGGAGACGUGGAAAGCUUAUUGCGAGAAACAGCACCGGCUUCAGCUUGGCUUGGAGCCCUCAAACCCCGUCAGUACGGAGAGUAAGAUCACGGUUCAGCAGGGAAGAACGGGACAUGCGGAAAAAGAACCAGAGAAUGAUAUCAUCAAAAUGGAUUUUAAGACGGAUUUCGUGGCCCCGGUAGGUGGGCGGAUAAAAGCCGGGCCUCCCCCGAACAGGAAACUGGGUGGGACAAUCGAUGUGAUUGGUGGACAGGCAGGCACCAUUAGGAGGGUAGAAGGCAGACGGCGCGACAAGCACGCCUCAGAGGAAAACCCCAUUCAGGUACUUGGGGAUCAUGGGAGCAAAUCUCAGCCGCCCCAGCCGCCCUCCCAGCCCCAGCAGCAGCCAUUCGCUCCACCGACAGGCCCUCCGCCUCCUCUAAGUGGCCCCCCUCCGCCCCACUUCCUCCACCCUCCUCCGCCGCCAGUAACGUCCGUCCCGCCUCCUCUCCAUCCCCCAGGUUUACCUCCCCCAGGGCCCAUUCCAGGAUUGUUUCCGCCACCUCUCGCUCCUCUGCCAGCUCUUUUGAUUCCUACGCUCGAUGGCCAGCCUGCCAGUUACAGCAGCCGGCCGCUGCCUCCGUUUGGCUUCAACUCCACAGAUUCGGGUUUCAUCAGCUACCCUCCCAUUUCUACGUCUCACACUCCCUGGGUGACUACGGUGGACAAGGGCUCCAGUGCUUCUGAUGCUGGUCACUGGGAAUACUCUGGCACAAGGCGGGAGAGGGAAAGAGACUGUGACCACGACCGGACACCCACCACCAGUGAAUACAGCAAUGAUGACGAGAGGUACCGUUACUAUAGCCGGGAGCACAGCUAUGAUUUUGUGCGGGACUACUGCAGGAGCCAAGACCGCAGCCGGGAGCGAGACGAUCGGCACCGGGAGCGAAGGCACAGAGACAAAGAGGAAGGCAGCAAACACAAAUCGUCACGGCGUAAGCAGCACGAGAGUGAAGAAGGCGAAAGCCACCGGCGUCACAAGCACAAAAAGAACAAGCGCAGCAAAGAAGGGAAGGAAGUGAGUGAGGCGGGUCUCCCAGAAGGAAAUGGGCAGGAUUCCCAGGCGUAGGAGAUCUGCGUCAUCGGCGUCCGUCCCCCCCGCCCCCCACAAAAAGGCACGGCCCCUCUACAGCUCAGUCUAUCUGUCUCCUGUGACUUUCUGUUUUCUAAGUGAAUGGCUGGAAUGACUUUGGAUCCAAACACAGAAGCCGGUUGCCCAUACGAGAAGCCGGGCUGCACUCACAGUCAAACUUUCCGGGGAGUUGAAAAAAUAUAUAUAUAUCCAGCACAGCGACUACGAACAAAGCCCUGAGCUAUUCCACGUGUAGGUCAACUCCAUCACGUCAGAUCCUAUGGCUUCUGAUGGGAGAAAGCUCCAGCGGAAACGAAUGCACUUCGAUUAAAGACAAUAUUUGGCAAUGUGUGGUUAUUGUUUAAGAAGUAGGACAGUAAUAGCAACACGGAACAGCUUCAUCCAAGGAGAAAGGCAUUAGGUCCUCUUGACAGCCAGCUUAGUCUGGCUUCUGUAAGCUAGUCCCAUUACCGCCCCGCCCCCCCAAAUCUCUCCCCCCCCCCCUUCAAUUCGUGUAGCUAUGAAAAUCUCAUUCUCUCAAGAAAAGCUUGGUGGAAAAUCAGUGAAACCAACCCAGCGGCCACUGCAAUGUGGAUGUGGACUGACAGGUUGCUAUGAGAAGUAUGUUUCUACCCAGACAAUUGGAGCCUUCAGGGGUUGCUAUUUAUCUUGGCCAAGUUCAAGAGGCUCCAUUGAACUGAACAGGAGCAACGUCUCUCUUGCUCCCCUUUCAAUCUGGCAAUGAUCCAUUUUGACGGUUUAUUUGUAAGUCACUGGCACACCCUUCAUCGCUCCUGAGACACUAAAUGUCGCCAUGUUUCUGUUUGGAUUUUUUUCUUUGAAAAGAUGAAGAAGAUGAAGUCGUCGUCAUUGGAUUCCAAAACGAUGAUCACACUUUUGCGUGGACCAUCCCUUUUUAAAUCAUCUUCCACCUGCAGGAAAUAAUUUAAAACACUUCCUAGAGUCGUUUCAAAUUUAUACUCUUUCUUUUCUUUUCUUUUUCUGGUAUUGUAGUCAUGCAAGCUGAGUGUUUGUAUGAAACGAACAGCCUUGGAAACUUGAGCCAGUCUGCCAUUGUAUUUUGGUUUGUAUGCUAUGACGGUGCAGUGAGUGGAUCAGUAACUGAAAAAGGUGUGGGAAAUAAAGAAACGCUUUUUUUUUUUCCUU